GAAGAGCUGGCCGGAGCCCAGCCGGCCAGGCUAGGCUGGCGUCGCUGCCCGCCGCCAGGCUGGCAAGGGCCGCCAGCGCCGGGCUCGGGGCUCCUGAAGCCUCCGAUGGGAAGCUGCGCUCAAAAGGGCGAGAGAAGACGCCGCGGCCACCAUGGGGAACAAGCAGACCAUCUUCACCGAAGAGCAGCUGGACAACUACCAGGACUGCACUUUCUUCAAUAAGAAGGACAUCCUCAAACUCCAUGCACGGUUCUAUGAGCUGGCCCCCAACCUCGUCCCAAUGGACUACAGGAAGAGUCCCAUCGUCCAUGUGCCCAUGAGCCUCAUCAUACAGAUGCCGGAGCUCCGGGAGAACCCCUUCAAGGAGAGGAUUGUGGAGGCUUUCUCUGAGGAUGGUGAGGGGAACCUCACUUUCAAUGACUUCGUGGACAUGUUCUCUGUGCUCUGUGAGUCAGCACCCCGAGAGCUCAAGGCAAAUUAUGCCUUCAAGAUCUAUGACUUCAACACUGACAAUUUCAUCUGUAAAGAAGAUUUAGAGCUGACGCUGGCCCGACUCACUAAGUCAGAGCUGGAUGAGGAUGAGGUAGUGCUUGUCUGUGACAAAGUCAUUGAGGAAGCUGACCUGGAUGGCGAUGGCAAGCUGGGCUUCGCUGACUUUGAGGACAUGAUCGCCAAGGCCCCUGAUUUUCUCAGCACUUUCCACAUCCGAAUCUGAGGACACUGCCAAGGCUGCAGGGGCCUAGAAGUCUGCUCUCUGAGCUGCUGUCUGUGCAGGUGUGGUUUCCAGGCACUCCAGGAAAGGGGCUGUAGCCUCUGGGGUUCUCCUCACCCAUGGACGUUUCCUGUGGCCCUUUC